UACAUCUGUGUUGAUAUCAGCACGUGUGUGAGCGAGACAGCUCGUACCAAACAUGCACAGACCGGGCGGCCAUAGCAACGGGUAUCAACGGGGCCUGCGAACAAUGGCCACAAAAACUAUCGGGGGAAGGGUCAUGAAUUGAUUGUUAUUUGUUGUACUUGGUGUGAGAGUGUGUGCAGAAGAACACGUUGAGUGCGAUAAACCUUUCAAGAGGAAACCUUUGUAACAACGCUGGAUUUAAUUUUAAGGAAUGACUUACGCCUUAAGGUCCUUAUUCGACUGAAGCCAAGGAAAUGUUAACUUGUUUGUGACUGAUAAAUGAAUCAUAUUAUUGAGUUGAAUGUUCUGAAACUUGAAUGAAAUGGCGAGCACGAAAGCAGACCCAAUCAACACAGGUCCUCUAAAACUGGAACACGACAUAACACCCCGAGACCUUCAUCACAUCAACACAAUUGGCCUAUCCAAAUCACUUGGUGAUUCACAUAGAUUCAAAGGCUUUCCAGAUUCUAAUUUUGUUCAGGGAAGAGAUCCUCUCCGUGGUUCACCUAAACCCAUCCCCACAGUUACACACAGAAGACCACAACAUUUUGUGAAAGGAGUUCCUUUAGAUCACAAACUACAGAACAAUGUAGAAAGCAGUGAAGAGACCGCGUUUCAGAAUGGGAGACCUAAUGUUAUUGCAAAGAAUGGAGUGCAGUAUGGUUCUGAAGAACAUGACACAAUGCCAAAUGUUCCGAUGUCAGCCAAAAAGAAAACCCCCUUCUGGAAUGAAGAUAGAACGUCUGCUGAAGUAAGAAAGAAAGUGAGGCAGAUGAGAGAGGCUGAAUGGGAUCAAACUCAGUGGAAGACUUUUAAGAAAGAACAAUUAAAAUCAGAUGUAGAGACAAAGAAGAAGGAUCUUCAAAUGCUAAGAGACUAUAAACCGUUUGGAAGACCAGGAGCCGGAGCACCAAGAGGAGAACGAGAAGCCUAUAGAACAAGGGCUGUAUCUGAUGACCAACUUAAUGAUGGACCAGAACUUCUGAAAUUCCUUCAGUUUGGCAAACCUGGCCACGGGGCGCCGAUCCGGACGGACUCUGGCAAGUUGAAGGCUAGUAUCCGCGCAAACAAUGAUAUCAGAUUCAGAGAAGGAGCAGGAAUGAGAAAAGGGGUAGAGAAUAAUACCAGAUAUACCAAUCCUAAGGAAUAUGGAGAUAAAGUUAACUCAGAACUGGAUUCCAUAAAGAACUCUCAAGGAAACAUGGCAUUAGAAAGAAGAACAGUAAGAGAAAUGGAGAGACAGAUGGAGAAAGAGGAAGAGAGAAAAACGUGGGAAUAUAAUCCUUUUGGAAAAUCCGGCGCUGGGGCUCCUAUCAAGACUGAAUCGGGUAAUCUAAAAACUGGAAGAGCCAGGACACUUGCCAAAGACCCGCUGGAACUGAAACAGAUUGAAGAAAAACCACACAUGAAGAAACUUGUUACAGAAGAAGGAAAUACUGUACAGUACAAUCCAUGGGGGAAAGGUCACGGGGCCCCUGAGAGAGAUGCCUACGGGAACACCAAGAAGCUUAGGUGGGGUGAUCCAAAUACUGCUUCAGAAAACUUUGUACCUGUCAGCACGGGUGUUGCUAUAGAAACCAAACCAUUUGGAGGCGGUGGUCAUCAGAUUGAUGAGAAGGGAGAAAAGAAGACCCGUUUCCAUCAGACUCUACAAAACUCUGCAAAUCCUGGAGGAACUUUACGUGGCCCUCUUCGGCAGACAGAGUUCAUGAUUGAGGAUGGUGUGAAGAGAGAUACCAGUGAGCCAUGGGGUAAACCUGGUGGGGGUGCACCUGUCUACUUACCAGAUGGUAGCAUCUAUGCUGCUAACAGGGGUAAAGCCGUCAUGGACCUCAUGGGUGUAGACCCGCCCAAACGAGAAGAGGUCCAAGCCAAGCACCAGUAUCUAGAAUCACUCAAAACUGAGAUUGAUUAUCAGAAAACCCAGAGACAGCGUGAAGCGAAGGAAAUCAUGAAGCCAGGAGGGGAGACUGUGAACUGGAUCAGAAGCAAAGAAAUUGGAUACCCCAGUAAAGACCCAACAACAGGCACCGCUCUACCGAUCCAUCAUAAGGCUACAUCUGAUAUCACAAGACAUGUGAUGGAUAUCAGGAGACCAGGACUGGAUGCACAAGAUUAUAGAACAGACUUAAUACAUCAAGCUGAGCAGAGGAAUAGACAAAAGCAAUUAGAGAGAGAGAUUUCUAGACAAGAGAUUUCCAAGCAUCAUCAGUCCUUGGGGCAGAACUGGGGUAGACCAGGGAAUGGCGCCCCCUACGAACCAGCGAUGAAGAGACAUGCUCUUGAUCCAGACACGUUGCAUCAGAUGAAAAGGGUUCCAGAGCCAGCCAAGACGUGGGCCCGUACCAAGGCUCUAGAGGGCAGGUUUCGAGAUCCGGCCAACCAGCCUGGAGUGCCUCGCCAGAAUCCUCCGGUAGAUUCUACUGCAGUUGCGAAUGGAUCAUAUCAUCUCAGAGCACCGUGGGGAGCUUACUCUGUAUAAAAUCAAAUCACAGCUAUCAAGUGCCAAGUCGGAACAAAAAAGAGCAAAGGAAAA